CGCAGGACUUCUCCCCCGCCUCCCGGCGGCACCGGACCGUGGAAGACUUCAACAAGUUCUGCACCUUCGUCCUGGCCUACGCCGGCUACAUCCCCUACCCGCAGGAGGAAACGCCGCUGAGGAAUAGCCCCAGCCCUCCCAACAGCACCGGAGGCACGAUUGACAGCGAUAGCUGGGAUCCCCGGUUCAAUGACAUUCCCUCUUCUGUUUCUCUGCCCGCCAAGAACAGAAAGAACUUUAGUCAGCUUAAGCGAGCGAAACCGUAUGGUUCCCUGUUCCAGCGGGCAAAACCUGGCAACUUCCUGCCGGAGCGAAAGCAAAUCGAUAAGAUCAGGAAGAAGAAAAAGCUGAAGAGGAGGGAAACGGAGGUGUCUGCAGAGGAGGACUACGAGGAGAAGCUGCUGGAGCUGGAGGCGGAGGACUCUUACGUAGAGACACCGAUGAGCCCCUCGUCUGAGGGCGAUCCCCAGUCUGCGACUGAGCACUGCUCAGUGUGGGACUCCGACACGCCUUCCAGCGUCUCCUACCCUGCCGUGACGGCUGAGCAGACAGUGGAGAUCCAGAGCGUGGGCAAACGAACGGUCAUUCGGCAGGGCAAGCAGGUGGUCUUUCGGGAUGAGGACGGCACCGGCGACGACGAGGACAUCAUGGUGGAUUCGGAUGACGACUCGUGGGACCUAGUCACUUGCUUCUGCAUGAAGCCUUUCGCCGGGCGGCCGAUGAUCGAGUGUAACGAGUGCCACACCUGGAUCCACCUCUCCUGCGCCAAAAUCCGCAAGUCGAACGUCCCAGAGGUCUACAUAUGUCAGAAGUGCCGGGACUCCAAGUUUGACAUUCGCCGUUCAAACCGCUCCCGGACGGGCUCGCGCAGGCGCUUUCUGGACUAGGGGAGGGAGGCGCGUGCUGGUGCGCUGCUUGGGCAGGCGGGCGAGCUGCGGACGCUGGCCAGGAGGCCGGGGAGAGCUCCCCCGAACUGCUGCUGCUCAGGCUGAAGGGCUGCCUAGCUGGCCUGCGCUAACAGGGACGAGGAAUCGCCAAGUCGUGGACAGCCGGGGCUGGAAGAGGCCGACUGGUCAAAACUGCUGCUAGAUACCGAUUAGCUCAAGGGACAGACUAAGCUCUCUGGGUUUGGUGGGGUUUUGUCCGGUUACAACUAUGAAUUGGGUGAUGUCUGGGGAAUGUAUAAUACCUUUGCCACGUAUGUUUUCUCAUCCCAUCAGGAAACUGCAAACCUCCUCUGUGCUAGGAAACUCCUCCUCCUCCAAAGAGGGAGGAGGAGGGAAUCUGUGUGAAGAGUCUGAAAAGUAAAUGGCCAUGUGUUUUAAUUUUAAUGUAAUAUUAUACCUGCCCAUUUGUCCGUAUAUAUCAAUCUUAGAUAUUCUAAGGCUCCAUAGGAGUGAGCAUCAAUGCAUACCGACCUCUGCGCGAUCUGCCUCCCCUUCAGUGGGCCCGGGCAGUAGGGGAGUUCUGUGAUUUUGGCAUCGUUCAAGUGAAAAUGGGACUUCUUCCUGUGCCAACAGACCAGCGCAUUUAAAGGAAGAGAGUGGCCCUUUUUCUGGACAGGCAGCGCCGGGGAUUAGUGACAUCAGAUUUCUUCCUAGAAGGUCUCUUCUUACGGUGAUUUUUUGUGACUUUGUUUUGCAUGAUCGGCUCAAAUGUGUGUAUGGGGGGAUACCGUUUGCUCUGUUUCCCGGCCCUUCAUUUAAACUCUAAGGUGCUGUUUUAAGAAGAUGAUGACUCUCCCUUUUCUCAGCCCAGAAUUCAAAUGUGGACUGUAAAACGGGCCGUAGUAAACUUAGA